CAAUCAGAACCGUGCCCUUUUCCCUCCUCCAUUCGACCGAGGUGGGACUAGCAGGAGGCCGCGGCCUGUGCCGAGCAGACUUACGGUCUGCAUUAUGUUUGGAGCCAGCAGUAAGCUUGCGCUUUUCCUCUGCGGCUGUUACUUGGCUGCCCUGGGAGCCCGCGCCGGGGAGCAUUGCACGGCUGGGUAUCACGAGGCUGAGUAUUACGUGGCUGCCGUGUACGAGCACCAGUCGAUCUUGAGUCCUGACCCUCGGGCGCUCACCAACCGCAAGCAGGCCUUGGAGCUAAUGAACCAGAACCUCGACAUCUAUGAACAGCAAGUGAUGACCGCAGCCAAAAAGGGUGUACAGAUCAUAGUGUUUCCAGAAGAUGGCAUUCAUGGAUUCAACUUUACAAGAACAUCAUUGUACCCAUUUUUGGACUUCAUGCCGUCUCCCCGGUUGGUCAGGUGGAACCCGUGCCUGGAGCCCCACCGUUUCAAUGACACAGAGGUCCUCCAGCGCCUGAGUUGUAUGGCCAUCAAGGGAGAGAUGUUCUUGGUGGCCAAUCUUGGGACAAAGCAGCCUUGUCAUAGCAGUGACCCUGGGUGCCCAAACGAUGGGAGAUACCAGUUUAACACGAAUGUCGUGUUCAGCAGUAACGGAACGCUUGUUGAUCGCUACCGAAAACACAACCUCUACUUUGAGGCAGCUUUUGAUACCCCUCUUAAAGCGGACCAUGUCACCUUUGACACCCCCUUUGCUGGCAAGUUUGGCGUCUUCACUUGCUUUGACAUAUUGUUCUUUGACCCUGCUGUCAGGCUCCUCAGAGACUCUGAGGUGAAGCACAUUGUGUUUCCCACCGCCUGGAUGAACCAGCUCCCACUCUUGGCAGCUAUUGAGAUUCAGAAAGCUUUUGCCAUCGCUUUUAGCGUCAAUUUCCUGGCAGCUAACAUCCACCACCCAUCUCUGGGGAUGACAGGGAGUGGCAUACACACCCCUCUGAAGUCCUUUUGGUACCAUAACAUGGAAAACUCCACAGGUCACCUUAUAAUUGCUCAGGUAGCCAAAAAUCCACAGGGUCUCAUGGGUACAGAGAAUGCAACAGCUAAAAUGGACCCAUCCCACAGUAAGUUUUUAAAAAUCUUGUCAGGCGAUCCAUACUGUGCAAAGGAUGCUCAGGAAGUCCACUGUGGCGAAGCCGCCAAAUGGAACAUGAAUGCUCCUCCCACAUUUCACUCUGAGAUGAUGUAUGACAACUUCACCCUGGUCCCUGUCUGGGGAAAGGAAGGCUACCUCCAAGUCUGCUCGAAUGGCCUCUGCUGUUACUUACUUUACGAAAGGCCCACCUUGUCCAGAGAGCUGUAUGCCCUGGGGGUCUUUGAUGGCCUUCACACAGUGCACGGCACUUACUACAUUCAAGUGUGUGCCCUGGUCAAGUGUGGGGGUCUUGGCUUUGACACCUGUGGGCAGGAGAUCACAGAGGCCACAGGGAUAUUUGAGUUUCACCUGUGGGGAAACUUCAGUACUUCCUACAUCUUUCCUUUGUUUCUGUCCUCAGGGAUGACCCUAGAAACCCCUGACCAGCUCGGCUGGGAGAAUGACCACUAUUUCCUGAGGAAGAGUGGACUGUCCUCUGGCCUGGUGACAGCAGCUCUCUAUGGGCGGUUGUAUGAGAGGGACUAGGAAAAGUGUGUGGUCUUUGGGGUGAACUCUGGCCAUCAUGUGGACAACCACGCACCUCCACAGCCCACAGAUAAACAUUGAGACCCCCUCCCUGUGCUAAGGGUGGACGCCCGCUUUUGUGGCACCGGAUCCCACCCUGGGAACUGUGGGAGGAAGGAGGAGAGGCAGAUUCCCUCAGUGUCUCCUCCUCUUCAACAUCAAUUAGACAUUUUCUGGUAUUCUCUACUCACAUUUGUCUUUUUCAAGCCACAUCUGCUGCUAGCAAAUCUCUCAGUACACAUUUGGUUUUAAGAGGUAAAACAGAAAUAAAUGUCAGUUUAUAUUUUACACAUCCACAAA